AUGUCACCGCACCUAUCCUUCCUUUCUGCCACUCUCGCCGUCUUUCCCUUCUGGGUUAGUCCAGUCUCCACCAUCGCCCUCUCUUCUCUGAAGAACGAAUCCACACCAGCAGCUGCACACCUCGACAUUGCAACCUCGUCAGGGACGACAGUAUCGAGCACACCCCCAGCACAGCUCGCAGCAUCAAUAACACCAACCCCCGCCAACUCCACCACCCAGCAUGACGCCUCCGACGCCGCCGCCCUCUCCCGCAACCGCGCCUGCGAAUCCCUCAUCCAAUCCUGGAACUCGGCCUCCGCCUCCUUCGCCGCCUCCAUCCUAGCCGGCUCCCCUGACGCCGCCGCCUCCGCCCUCGCCACCAUCCCCCACUCCCUCAUCACCACCACCUACCCCGGCGGCUACACCAUCUCCACCUCCUACAACCCGCUCCUCCUCCCCCACUUCACCUCCACGCCCUCCGCGCCCUCCACGCCCUCCCCCAACGCCACCAUCUCUCCCCAGCCUUCCGCCUCCGUAUCCACCCCCUGCGCCGACCGCAUCCCCCGCGCCCCCGGCGCCGCCUACUCGCUCCUCACCGUCGCCACCGCCUCGCCCACCACGCUCGUCUCCACGCGCAUCGCGUACGAAGCCCUCGUCCCCGCGCCGGCGUGCGCGUACGACCGGCGCGGCUGCGCGCUCGAGCUCGCCGAGAAGCCCAAGACGUUGCCUCUGUGCGCGCAGGGGGGAAACGUCGCGGCGGGGUUCGUCAACGACGAGAAGUGCGUCUUGCCGAGCGGGGUGGUGGGGUGUAGGGUCGCGGCCGGGGGGGUGGGGGUGUAUUAUUGGCCGCGUGAGGAUGGGGGGGAGGGGGCGUGUGCUGGUGGUGGGGAAGGGGAGGGGGAGGGGGAGGGAAAGGUGGGUGUGAGCGCUGCGCCGACGACGACGAAGACGACGAAGACGGUGGUGGUGGGGACGAAUACGUUUACCAGUCCGACGGUUUAUGUCAGUUUUAGCGAGAUUGACGCCGCGCCGUACUGCUUGCCGACGUAUCGGAACGUGGUGGUUGGGUUGCCGCCUGAGUCGGUGAGUUGGGUGAGCAUGAGUAGGGGGUGGCCUAUCACCAAAUCACUGAACUGGAACGACCUGAACUAUCCGGUCCCAUCAACCGCCUACCACGGCAUGGAAGCCUGCCAGGUCAACACCGCCGCCCUCCGCCCGGACGGCUGCGCCACCAUCUACGACGACGACUACCACCCCUACCUGGCGCUGCCCACCGACCCGGCCCUCUACCAACAAGCAUUAGGAGGAAGCGACGGCGGCGGCGGCUUCGCCAACUGCACCGCCCUCACCUGGCAGAAAUACGUGACCGACCCGCCCAUCCCGCUGACCACGGCUGGCGCGUUGAUACCGCAGUCUUCCGAGGUGCCUGCCGCCACGACGACGACGACGACGACGACGGGCGCGGAUCCUGAAUCGACGACGGCUGCGGCGCCCGUGACCGAGACGAACGCACCCACGGCUCCCGCGACUGCCACGGCGACGACUGGCGGCGGCGGCGGCAACAAUGCUCAAGCAACCGGCAGCAGCAGCGCUGGUAGCUCCGAUCCAGCAGACCCCUCCGCAACGAGCGCGGUGGUGGACACCAACCCCUGGGACAAUCUGGGCUCGAUGAUCUCCGAGGCCUGGAGCACGUCGUUCGCGGACCCGGCGGCCGAGACGGCGACGACGACGACAGGCACUGCCGCAGGGCAGGGAGGCGGUGGUGAAGCGUCCGAUGGCCUACCGGUCGUAGAGACCAGCGCUCCGGCAUCGUCUGCGCCCGAACCGCCUUCCUCCGCCGCUGUCGUCGCGACCAUCGGGACCGCAGUGGCAUCUCCAGCAGCACCUGCAUCAGCCGCGGACUCGUCAGACCCCACUGCCACCGCCACCGCCGGUAACAACAACGACAACAACGACGACGACGACGAAAACAACAACAGCAACAGCAACAACAGCGACAACAACGACAACGGCUCUCCAGGCGGCAGCCAAACCCUCCCAGCCGGCCACACGACCGCCACGGCGCCGCUAUACACGCCCACCGCAUCUUCUUCUCCCGCUCCCGCUUCUCCCGCUCCCCCCAUCGCCAUCACCCUCAGCGACGACUCCGGCUCCGGCUCCGGCUCCGGCUCCGGUUCCCACGUCAUCGCCGCCGACCCGUCCGAUCCGACCGCCGGCGUCAUCGUCGUGGGCGGCGGCGCCGGCGGCGACGCACAAGAGGACGCGAGCACGCAGACCAUCGCGGCCGGCGCGACGACGACCAUCGACGGCACGCAGGUCGUCGUCAGCAGUGUCCCGGCAGCUGAGGGUGACAGUGACGGCGACGAUAGCGACGACGACGACGACGACGACGACGACGACGACGACGACGACGCACAGCCGCCGGCGGUGGUGGUGGUGGUGGUUGGGGGAUCGCGGACUUAUACGCUUCCUGGCGGCGCCACCACCGGCGGUAGCGGUAGCGGUAGCGGUAGCGGUGGUGGUAUUGUCGGCGCUACCACCGUGCCUUUGUCGAGCUUGGCGGCGGGGACAGCAGGAGGAGCAGGCCGGACCGGUGCCGUCGUCACGUUCACCGCGGGCGGCGCCGGGGGCGGCGGGGAGAAAACGCUGUCGGCUGCGCAGCUCGCGCCGGGGACGGUGGUGGUGGGCGGCAAGACGCUGUCGGCUGGCGGGCCGGCGGCGACGGUGACGGUAUCGGGGACGGGGUCCGGGUUGGGAUCAGGAUUGUCGGGAGAUGGAGAGGUGGUGGUUGUGGCCAGUGUGGCGCCUGGGGGAGGAUUGGUGGUUGGGAGCGCGGGUGGUGGUGGUGGCGGUUCUUCAUCGACGUCGAGGAGACUGUCCUCUGCCGCGGCCACGGCGUCUAGAACGAUGAGCGCGGACAACACGGCGACGCGCAAUAGUGCUUUGCCGACGACAACGGCGACUGCGACAACUCCUGACGACGACGAUUCCGACAACGACGACGACGACGACGAUUCGCAGUCCACGGAUGCGGCGGCGGCGGCGGCGACAGCUACAACGGCGGGAGCUGCGAGUGGCGGCAGUGUUCCGCCGCUGCUGGCGAUGCUGUGCUCUUUCCUUUUGACGUGUUCGAUACCCAGUGUUUUUUCCAUUUUUGCAUAG